AUGAAAUAUGUGUCCAGUUCCGUUGGUAUCGUUGCUGGUGUCUUGGCAGUAGUAUUGGCUGGUGUUUGCCAUAAAAGAUUUACCAGAAUCUGUUUACAACACGGAUACAUCCGUCCAUCUGGUGAUCCUGGGCCUGAAAAUUAUGAUUAUGAUGCAUUCAUAAUUUUUAGAAGUGAUGACCUUAAAUGGGUGGAAAAAAGGCUUCUACCUCUCCUUGAAGGAGAGCAUCAGUUAAGAUGCCGAAUCUACCACAGAGACUUCAGAGCUGGCGGUAAUAUUUUUGAUCUGAUGUCGGAGAGCGUUUACAAAAGUUACAAAAAUAUAAUAGUUCUCUCAAGGAAGUUUUUGAACGGCCCUUUUUGCAGGUUUGAACUAGAUCAAGCGAAGCAAAGACUUCUCAACAGAAAUGACGACAGUUUGGUUAUCAUAAGAAUUGAUGACGUUGAUUUAGGGUCGCUACCCGAAGAUUUGCGAGAAAGAAGCGUGAUCGACUAUGAAAGUAAUCAUGAAAAACCUCAUUGGAAAAGGAAGCUCCUUGAAUUUCUCGGGGUUCCUCACAAAUACAAACGUGAAAGCACAAAAAGCAAUGAUACCGAAGUAUCCGUGCUUGAACCAGUCAACGGAGAUGUUUUCGAAAAUGAACACGAAAUUGCCAAAAUGGCCUCUGAGGCAACUUGUAUUACUAUUGCGUGAUAAAGCACCAACUACCAUCACGAAUAACAGUAACAUUUAUUUCCUUCUGGAAGCUUUGUGAAUUUUUGCAGGUUCUCGACGCUGCAGCUUUUAUUAGCAGAGUUCAAACCAUAAAACUUGACAAUCGCUUCUCUUUGGCCAGCUGUUUCUUAUCGCAGGAAUUUGCGAAAUUGUAAUUAACUGAUUUAUGUUCAGAAAAAAGACUCAUGAAGUCAAAACGAGUUGGUUAUCAUUCUAAUUGACUCAACACUACUCGACUCUGCCACUCAUCUGAGAGACUAGCUGAGAGAACUGGUGCUAUCAGUACUCAGUACGACUUUAUAUUUUCAACACCAGAAUUCAACAUCAGAUUUUAUAUUCUUAUGGUGACGAAGUUCUUCUGCAAAUCAAAUCAAUUUAAUCAAGUCAAUGGAUAUAACACUCUAAGCGAAGAUUAUUAGUGAGGAGAAAUUCUGUCUUGGUCACCCAUGGUAGUUGAAGGGUUAAAAAGAUCUCCAGCACGAAGCAACAAGUUGGAAAGACAAAGAUUGGAAAAAAAAUUUGGAACAUUACAGACCAUUUUUGCGUGGCUUAAGGAUCACUUAGCUAUUUAUUGUAAA